AUGCCACCCCAGGAUGUGCGACUACAAGUAACCGGCAAGACCUCUCUGCAGAUUGCCUGGAGCCCACCUUUGAAGACAAAUGGCAAAAUUCUGGGUUAUAAAGUGUACUAUACUACGCGCAAGGGAUACCCCAUCAGUGCGCGUCAGGUGAAACGUUCCGCGAACCAGAAAAUUCAUCUGCAAGAUUUGCUCGCGAAUGCCACUUACAUUGUCAGCGUCAGCGCUUACAACGCAGCCGGGGAUGGACCAAUCAGCGACGACGUCUCCGUCCUCAUUACGCCUGGCGCCUGUGGAGCUGGCUGUGUUCACAAUGACGACUUCGGAAUGGACUUAGAUGACAGUUACCUAGUUUACCUAACGAUGAUCGCUGAUCAUGCUAAUCAGUAUGACUAUGGUCAAGAGGAUGAUGACAACUGUUAG